ACGCAUUCCAGAAGGUCGUGCGCCCGUCCGCCACGCCGAUCGGCCUGGCGCGGCGCCGCGGAGCAUGCUGGGAUUUGUAGUCCCGCCGGCAUCGGGAGUGAGGCUCGCCCGCUGAGGCGAUCACCGGAACAGAGAAAACGGGAGCGGCUCCCCCAGCCCCCGUGGCCGCAGCCUUCGGGCUGGGAGCCAGCGCGGCUUUUCGGUGCUGCUGGUGCACCGGGGACCUGUUCCCGCCCGGACCCGCACCGCCGGACUGCUUCCUGGGGCACCGGAAGCCGCCUCAACGAGGAGGCUGCAGGUUGGAGCCGGGCCUUGGUAAAGCAAAGAUGUUUCCUCUGGUACAACGGUGCUGCUUCCGCAUACCUUUCAAACUCCAGAAGUCUACUGGUCCCAGAAUACUACCAUAUGGAAAGAGUAAGACAACUUGGUCUUCUGUCGGCCUCCAUCUGCAAAGAGAUGUGUGUCAUCUCUCAAGAUCUCCAAGCCUCAACCUAGCAUCAGUAUAUGCAACCAAGCUCCAGGCUUUUCACACCUCCCUCCCCUUCUUCAAGAAGAAAACCCCCAAAGAAUCUGAGACCAAAGACUCAGGCGUAUUGCAACGAAGCAUGAAAUUGCUACAGGAUUCUCCAAAGCCAGCCCUUUACCUAAGCCUUGGGGGGCUAAUUCCAUUUGUUUCUGUGCCACUGACAAUGGCCAUCCAAGGGACCUACUACCCAGAGCUGGCAUUUGCUCAGGUGAUAUACGGUGCCGUGACAGUCUCCUUCCUAGGAGGAAUGAGGUGGGGGUUCGCUCUCCCAGAAGACAGCCCGGCCAAGCCAGACUGGCUGAACCUGGCCAACAGUACAGUUCCUCCUCUACUCGCCUGGCAAGCCUUGCUUUUUAAAGAUAUCACUCAUGGUGCAAUAAUGCUAGUAAUGGCCUUAGGGAUAGCGCUACAUUAUGAUGUUUCCCUUCUUCCUCCUUAUCCUCGGUGGUUUAAAGUCCUGAGGGUCAUUGGAACAGUGGUGAUGGUAUUAUCGUUAUUAGCUACUGCAGGGUUGAAGACUUUUUUAGAGCUGCAGCUAAGUGACAGCAAAAAUAAAUGGCAGAACACAAAAUAAUAAAUCAAUAGGCAAAAAUUGUUAAUUUGCCCAUAAGGUAUUUGUAUUGAGUUCCAGGGGGAAAUACUUAUUUGUGCUUAGAAAUCAUGAGAUGGCAGUGAUCAAGAUGCUUAUUCUCAAAGCAAACAAGUUAGCUGGUUUAGAAGAGAAGGACUGUAAAUAGCAAUGACUUCUAUGGCAGGCAUGAGCCUGUCCUUAUCUGUAGAAGGCAUCACUCUUGAAUGAGAUGUUACCGACAUAUGAAUUGCUCUAUGCUGAAUUAUUAAAGGAUCUGGUUUAACUAUAA